GAGGGACCUAAAUACGAAGCUCAUUUUGUCCCCGUUUGACUUCAAUCUGAUUUGGUGUCGUGGACGUCCACGCGAGAGGCCCGACAGACUUCGUUUCCCACAAUGCACCAGGUGUGAACCCGUGAAACGCUGCGCGGUGCGGACGUGUUUGACAGUAAUUCAAAAAUGGGGCAGCGGAGCAGAUAAGAGUGACCGCGGCGGAGUGUGACGAAGGCCUCCAGACACCCCGAAGCUCCCAGAGCUUCUCCGACUCCUCCUGCUUUGUGUCCGUUUGCCUCUUUAGCUUGUUUGUGUGCUGCUCGCGGAGCCUCACGCGCUGAUCGACAAAAACGGGAAUGAAUGAGGACAGCAGGCUGUGAAAAAGUUUCUUUUUUAGGCUUUGAUCUUCGUGAGGGCAGAAACCAGUGAGCCGAGCCCCUGAGGAGUGAGUCCUCUCGCGGUCACACGAUCUUCGGCGCUAGCUACACACAGCUACAGCUAACGGGGACCAGCGGACCGAGCGGCGGCUCCUCGCUUCGGUAUGAUGCCCGGUGACAGCAGUAUGGCCUCCCUGGUUCAGAGGAUAGCUCGGCAGGCUCUCGUCACCUUCAGGAAAACACCCGCGGUGGGCGACGAGGCUUCCAAGUCCUUCCUGGAGAACCACGGCAAGCUCCGGAGCCUGAUGUCGGAAGUGCGGGCUGCCGACCUGAAGCUCGUCCCGCGGAGAGCCGAGGACAGCGACGCGCCCCCUGCUCAGCACCCGUAUCACCGCGGUGCGCCCCCGGUCACCUACAUGCACAUCUGUGAGACGGACCAGUUCAGCAUGGGGGUGUUCCUGCUGAAGAGCGGGGCCUCUAUCCCGCUGCACGACCACCCGGGCAUGCACGGCGUGCUCAAAGUCAUGUACGGGAAGGUCCGGAUAAGCUGCUUCGACCGGCUCGAGCGACCGGGCGGGGGCGGGGACGCGCUGCCCCGGGCGGAGAUGGGCGCUCUGCGGCGCUACGUGCUUCGCUCCACCGGGGAGUACACGGAGGAGAGUGGACCCUGCGUCCUCUCCCCCGACCGGGACAACCUCCACCAGAUUGACGCCGUGGAUGGGCCCACAGCUUUCAUGGACAUCUUAGCCCCGCCGUACGACCCGGACGACGGCAGGGACUGUCACUACUACAAGGUGCUGCCCGGGGACGGGGUCAAAGACUCGGAGCAGACGGAGAAGGAGGUCUGGCUCAUGGAGAUCUCGCAGCCUCCGGAAUUCUGGUGCGGAGGGGAGCCGUACCCGGGCCCGGAGGUGUGCCUCUGAUCCCCCCUCCACCCUCCCGGAGCCCUGCAGCCUGGCUGGAUCCACAAAGGAUCUCCACAGUCAUCACCAGAGCCGCCAGCAGGCGCAGAGUAAAGGGCCAAAUGUGGGAUUAAAUUGUGGUAAAA